UGGAUGUCUUUGAUUGAUUCUGCAUAAAUUUUUUGUUUUGUGGAAUCUGGGUUGCUGCAUUUCCAGCUUAUUGAAUUGAUUUUGUUUCUCGAAUAGUGUAGAUGUUUAAAUUGAGUUUGUUUUUUGGGUAUCAUGGAAUUAUGCUUCCUUGUGAUUGUGUUAAACCAAACAGAGACUGGGUUUAGGAGAAGGACUUGGUCUUUCAUGACGUAACUAACCCAACUACAAAUUUCUGUCAAGAGAUGUGUAUUGCCUUUGAAGAAGGAAACUUUGGGAACCGCAAAAUAUAAUGGCAUCUCAGUGAUCGGGGGAUAUUUUUUUUUUAGAUUUGAUUGAAAUGUUAUACUACUUUUUCUGUUUUCUUUUUCAUUUUUGGUUGUUUUGUAAUUCAAGUCUAUUUUAAAGGUGGGUUAUGAUGAGAAAUCAUACACCAAAUACAGAAAAGGUCAAUUUAGAGUAUUUAGAGUAUAUACAUGAGUGUAAACCUUUAGUUUUUGUGAAAACCUUUAGUUUUUGUGAGAUGGAGUUAGAUUUAAAGUUAUUUCUUAUUGCAUAGAAUUGAUUCCAUGGAAAAAUAACUGAAAUAGUUUCCCCUCUCUCUUGAUUGAGAUAUGGUUUCGGCAGCUUUUUUAGUAACUAGUAAUCCGCUUUGUUGUGAUUCAUGCAGUCACAUUAUGAGAUAUACAGGUUGUAUAUAUACAGCAGCUUCUAGAGUACAUACGAUGUAUAUGGUUCAUGUAUAAGUUAUACCUUACAAUAACUGGGCAUAUAAACUUUCUUACCGCCUUAGGCGUAGCAGAAUAUGAAUCAGGUAGGUUAGAUUCUGCCUGUCUAGGGCACAAGACAUGGAUGCAGAUUCCUCAUCUUAAGUGUAAGGUUAUCCCUAAGGUCUAAAACAAACCUUGAAGUACACUGAGAAAGGAGAAAAAUGGAGUCUCUAAUUCUUCAACUCCAUGAAAUAUCAGCUGUGAAAUUUGGUAAUUUCAAGCUGAAAUCUGGCAUAUCCUCACCAAUCUACAUAGACCUCCGCCUUGUUAUAUCUUACCCUUCUGUCCUCCGGAAUGUUUCUCAAACCCUCAUUUCCUCUGUCUCUUCCACUUCAUUUGACCUUGUCUGUGGUGUUCCUUACACUGCUCUUCCCUUUGCCACCUGUGUCUCCGUUACUCAGAACAUCCCCAUGGUCAUGCGCCGCAAGGAAAUAAAAGAUUAUGGCACUUCUAAAGCCAUUGAAGGUGAUUUCAAGCAAGGUCAAAGUUGCUUGAUAAUUGAGGAUCUAGUUACAAGUGGCACAUCAAUUUUGGAAACUGCUGCACCACUGCGUGCUGCAGGGUUGAAGGUCAGUGAUGCUGUUGUUUUGAUUGAUAGAGAGCAAGGCGGGAAAGAGAAUCUUGAGAAUAACGGAAUCAAGCUGCAUGCAAUUCUUAAGUUGACUGAAAUGGUGAAAAUUUUGAGUGAAAAAGGAAAGCUUAAUAAGCAGAUGCUAGAGGUUGUUAUGAGAUUCUUAGAAGAGAAUCAGAAGAUUGUUGCUUUAGCAACAAGAACUAAGUUCAAUGCCUUUCCAUUAUUGGAAAGGGCUAAAUUGUCCAAGAAUCCAACAGGAAAGAGGUUGUUUGAGAUAAUGGCUGAGAAGGAGAGUAAUUUGUGUUUGGCUGCAGAUGUUGCAACUGCUGCUGAAUUACUUGAAAUCGCUGACAAGGUUGGACCUGAGAUAUGCUUGCUGAAGACACAUGUGGAUAUUUUACCAGAUUUUACUCCUGAUUUUGGUUCUAAGGUUCGCUCGAUUGCAGAAAAACAUAACUUCUUAAUAUUUGAGGAUCGUAAGUUUGCUGAUAUUGGUAACACAGUGACCAUGCAGUAUGAAGGAGGGAUCUUCCAUAUAUUGGAGUGGGCUGACAUAGUAAAUGCUCACAUUAUAUCUGGUCCUGGAAUUGUAGAAGGACUGAAGUUGAAGGGUUUGCCUCGUGGAAGAGGUCUUUUGCUGCUUGCUGAAAUGAGUUCAAGUGGUAACCUUGCCAAGGGAGAUUACAUCACUGCUGCAGUGAAAAUUGCUGAGGAUCAUUCUGACUUUGUCAUUGGCUUCAUCUCAGUCAACCCAGCAUCAUGGCCUGGAGCACCUGUAAAUCCCUCUUUCAUUCAUGCAACGCCUGGAGUUCAAAUGGUGACUGGUGGUGAUGCUUUAGGGCAGCAAUAUAACACGCCAUAUUCUGUUAUCUAUGAAAGGGGUAGUGACAUUAUCAUAGUGGGUCGUGGCAUCAUCAAGGCCAAAAAUCCGAGUCAUGCAGCUCGUGAAUAUCGUCUUCAAGGAUGGAAUGCAUAUUUGGCCAAGUGCAGCUGAAGCCUGUAUUCUCAGAUUAACUGGAUUAUGCCAAGUGCAUAGUUAGGAAGAAGAGUCCUACUUGUUCAUAGGAUGUAUUUCAUUUCACCAUAGUAUAUAGGUAACUUCCAAAGCUGAAUGCAGCACUGGAGUUUAAUUUUCUUCCCCGUCCCCAUUUUUGGCUAGAAAAAAGUAUUUGCUGUUCUGCUGAUCUUUGCCUGAAGUGAUUCAUUUUAUUAGUUUCCUCAGCAUGUAAUAGGUUGAAAAUACUUCAUUUCACAUUAAUUUUUCACAUCUUUUUAUUCUUUAAUGGGACCAAACUAAUGUAAACCAUGCAUUGUAAUCCCAUGGAUUAUUGUAAUGGGUUGAAUACUGCAUUUCACCUUAAUUUUGUACAUCUUUUUCUUCUUUAAUGGGACCAAACUAAUUUUGAACUUGUGGAAUAGGAUUAUUAGGGGUUUGACGAAACCAUUAUGCAAUUUGAUGCAGCAAGCCUACCAAAACCAUGAUGAUAUAUUUAAGUCGAAUGCAAGAUCGGAUUAUUAAUUUUGUCUUCAUACUCAAGCACCGUGCCAUAAAUUAAUCAUUUUGUAAA